UCUGCGGGAAGAUGGCGGCGCCGCUCGUCCCUCUCGCGCAGCAGGUACCUCCUGGGAACCCUCUGUAUGAAUCCUACUACAAGCAGGUGGACCCCAGCUCCACGGGCCGCAUUGGGGCCAGCGAGGCUGCGCUGUUCCUGAAGCGCUCGGGGCUGUCAGAUGCUGUCCUGGGGAAGAUCUGGGACUUGGCGGACCCAGAAGGCCGUGGCUUCUUGGACAAACAGGGCUUCUACGUGGCCCUGCGCCUGGUGGCCUGUGCACAGAGCGGCCACGACGUGAGUGUGAGCAGUCUGGGCCUGAGCGUGCCGCCACCCAAGUUUCACGAGAGCACCAGUCCACUCCUGAGUGUGCAGGCGCCUGCGGAACCUCACUGGGCUGUGAGGGUGGAGGAGAAGGCCAAGUUCGACGGCAUCUUUGAGAGCCUCCUACCUGUUAACGGUCUGCUCUCAGGAGACAAGGUCAAGCCCGUGCUCAUGAACUCCAAGCUGCCGCUGGAUGUGCUGGGCAGGGUCUGGGACCUAAGUGACAUCGACAAGGACGGGCACCUGGACAGAGGCGAGUUUGCGGUGGCCAUGCACCUGGUCUACCGUGCCCUGGAGAAGGAGCCGGUGCCCGCUGUGCUGCCACCCUCCCUCAUUCCGCCUGCCAAGAGGAAAAAGUCUGUGUUUGCGGGCGCCGUGCCCGUGCUCCCUGCCAGCCCACCUCCCCGGGACAGCCUGCGCUCUACGCCCUCCCACGGCAGCGUCAGUAGCCUCAACAGUGCCGGCAGCCUGUCUCCCAAGCACAGCCUCAAGCCAGCCCAGCCCCCCGUGAGCUGGGUGGUGCCGGUUGCCGACAAGUUGCGCUUUGAUGAGAUAUUCCUGAAGACCGACCUGGACCUGGACGGCUAUGUGAGUGGCCAGGAGGCCAAGGACAUCUUUCUGCACUCGGGGCUCCCGCAGAGCCUGCUGGCGCAUAUCUGGGCCCUGGCCGACACCCGGCAGACGGGGAAGCUCAGCCAGGAGCAGUUCGCCCUGGCCAUGCACUUGAUCCAGCAGAAAGUCACCAGGGGCAUGGAUCCCCCACAGGUCCUCUCCCCAGACAUGGUCCCGCCCUCGGAGAGGGGCAUCCCGGGCCCGGACAGCUCGAGUUCCCUGGGCCCCGGGGAGCUGACUGGGGUGGCGGAGCUGGAUGACAUCGGCCAGGAGAUUGCCCAACUGCAGCGUGAGAAGCACUCCCUGGAGCAGGACAUCCGGGAGAAAGAGGAAGCCAUUAGGCAGAAGACCACCGAGGUCCAGGAGCUGCAGAAAGACCUGGACCGGGAGGCGAGUGGCCUGCAGGAGCUGGAGGCCCAGAAGCAGGAGGCCCAGGGCCGUCUGGACGAGAUGGACCAGCAGAAGGCCAAGCUGAGGGGCAUGCUGGGAGAUGUGCGGCGCAAGUGCCAGGAGGAGACCCAGACGAUCUCCUCGCUGAAGACCCAGAUCCAAUCGCAGGAGUCGGAUCUCAAGUCGCAGGAGGAUGACGUUAACCGGGCCAGGUCGGAGCUGGCGCGGCUGCAGCAGGAGGAGACGCAGCUGGAGCAGAGCAUCCAGGCCGGGCGUGCACAGCUGGAGACCAUUCUCCGCUCCCUGCAAUCCACACAGGAUGAGAUCACCCAGGCCAGGAACAAACUGUCCCAGCUUCAUGACAGCCAGCAUGAGGCCCGCCGGAGCCUGGAGCAGCUGGACCUGGUGCCCGACAGCGCUCAUGUUGGCGGCAGCCUGAGCCCGGGGGCAGAGCUGGGAGAGGGCGGCGUGCCGGACAGGGCGGGCUUUGGAGCCAUGGACGACCCUUUCCAAAACAAAGCCCUGUUGUUUAGCAACGCCGCCCGGGACCUGCCGCCCGACCCCUUCCAAGCUGAGGACCCCUUCAAAUCGGACCCCUUCAAAGGCGCUGACCCCUUCAAAGGCGACCCCUUCCAGAGUGACCCCUUCGCAGAGCAGCCACCGGCCUCGACAGACCCGUUCGGCGGGGACCCCUUCCGGGAGAGUGACCCAUUCCGUGGCUCCAUCCCUGAUGACUUCGGCAAGAAGCAGGCCAGGGGCGACCCAUUCACCUCGGACCCCUUCUCCAAGAACGCCUUACCUGCCCAGCUCGACCCCUUCCAGCCGCGUGACCCCUUCUCCAGCAUCUCCUCCAAAGACUCAGGCCACUUCGGAGCCGUGGACCCAUUCGGAAGCGGCUCCUUCAGCAGCACCGAGGGUUUCGCCGACUUCAGCCAGAUGGCCCAGCCCCCUGCUUCUGGCUCUCUCUGCUCUUCCUCUGGCGGGGCAGGAUUCCCUGAGGACCCCUUUAAGGGCAAGCAGGACACCCCCACGCUACCGCCCAAGAAGCCGGCGCCCCCACGGCCCCAGCAGCUCAGUGAGCCCACGGCCGACCGCAGAGGCCCCGCGCCCUACGCGCUCCUGGGCGGUGAAAGCACACCCGUAGGCCCGCUGGGCUGCACAGACGCCCCCACGGCCCCCGACCCGUUCCAGCCUCUUGGGGCCGGGGCCCGCAGUGACCCGUUCCAAAAUAACCCGGGGUUUGGGGACCCGUUUAGUGGAAACGACCCAUUCGCUCCCUCCUCUCCGGCUAAGGCCCCCAAGACCGCCUCCCUGGGCCUCUCGGCCUUCACCUCUCUGGGCAAUGAGGAGCAGCAGCUGGCUUGGGCCAAGCGGGAGAGCGAGAAGGCGGAGCGGGAGCGCGUGGCCCGCCUGCGGCGCCUGGAGCAGGAAGACCUGGAACGGGCCAUCGCGCUCAGCAAGGCUGACAUGCCCGCCUAGUGCCCGGCGGGCCAGGCAUCACAUAAACUAUUUUAGUACCAA